AUGUAUUUUGAAUAAUUUAAAAAAGUAUAUAUCUAACAAAAAUGAUAUAUUUUAUACUUUUAAACAGUUGAAUUUGCACAGGAUGCAAGGUUGCUUUGUUCCUUGUAAUACCAAUAAGGGAAAGGAUGGACAGGUAAGAAACCUGGAAGUUAGGCCACUCCUCCCGCCCCCUACCAAGGACAGGUAUUAAAAAGGGUAUUUUCACUCAAUUUGCACUAUUUGAUUGCCAAUCGUUCUACAUUGAAAGUCGUCAACUACUUCUUGGAAGACCAGUUUCUGCGUUUCGAAAUCAACAUGUCUGAAAGAUCGAUCGCCGAGUCAAAAUUGAAGAGAUUUCUUCUGUACGGCAGCGAGGAGAUCGUAUAUUUUUCGGGUGGCAGAGUUCAAUACGGAUAUUUCCUGGGUUCCAAUCUAACUUCAUUGAGGAACCUGUUGAACCAAGUCGACAAGAAGAAGAUCUCCGAAUGGGUCAAGUUUGUACAGGAAGAGAAGGUAGCUUCGCACGUAUGUAUUGUGCCAUUAGUGGUCUCCGAGUGCUGUAAAUUAUCCGGUUGGAAAGAAGAGGCGUUCGAGAUGGCUUUGACUGUUCUUCGAACAGACAAGGAAUUCUUGAUGUUUUGUAAAUUCUCCUUCGAAAUUUUACCGGAAAUCGGAAAUGGCCCACUCGUCACGAAAUUCAUUCGAGAAUGGUACUUACGACUGGACUGUUGGGAAUUGGUCGAAAUAGUGAGCGAGAGACCUUGCUGCUACGGAUGGUACCACAGAGACCUUAUAAAAUUGGCCAAUGUCAAUUCUUCAUGUCCAUCGAUGGGAGCUGCUUUCGCUUACGCGAUUGGAGGUGUGGAGUUAAUGAACCAACAGUACGGAAACAACGCAGAGGCUCGAGACGUCGUCGAACAUCUGAACCGGUUCGAAGCUUUCAAGAGUAAAACCGACACGGAUGAAGCUAUCACAGAGAAUGGAGCUUCCACGCAUAACAUACACACGUCUAACCAGACCCUUGUACGAGAGAAACAAUUACGGAACGCUUUUCAGAAAAACGUCAAAAUAACGACCAAGAACAUUACUGUUAUUGUAGAUUGCUACAAGCUGUCAAGAUCAUAUUGUAGAUGUUCACCGUCUGUUCAGGCUGAUAUAGCGGCUGCUCAAAUUGCCUUGUACUUCGGAAACGCAUCAGCCAACAACAGGGUGCUUGUUUUCAAAGAGAUCAAAUAUCAAUACUUACAACGGGGCACGACUGUAGACGAGCUUGUAAACAAUAUAGGCACCGAUACUAGGGAAUGCUCAAGUACGAGAGAAAUAGGACUCUACCUCAGCCCUAAGAACGGCGAAACACUCUACACGGAUCUUUUCGUCGUCAUCGGCGCAAGCAUAAAUCACGAGAAUUACAUUAAAUACGUUCAGGACCAUCGAAGAGAUAAGUCACGGGCGCCAAAAUUUGCCUUCUGUAGCCUGGGUGGCAUCCUGAACGACCGGACGAUUAAGUACGACAAAGAUGUACUUUUAACGUCGGGUUUCGACGACAAAAUGUGCGACAUCAUCUCUGCCUUCUCCACUUUAUAAAAGAACUCUGGAAAAAAUUCUGUGAAUUUUUAUGUUUGACGAA